UUUUCAAUGAAAAACAUGAGAUUUAGGAGAUUUAAUGACCUGCCUAAGAUCAUACAGGUCCAGGGACAAGUUCAUCCAACUCUUGAGUCUAGUGACGAUGCUCUUCAGUAUGUUGAAGAAUUAAUCUUGCAGUUAUUAAAUAUGCUAUGCCAGGCUCAGCCCCGAAGUGUUUCAGAUGUAGAGGAACGUGUUCAAAAAAGUUUUCCUCAUCCAAUUGAUAAGUGGGCAAUAGCUGAUGCCCAGUCAGCUAUUGAAAAAAGGAAGCGAAGAAACCCUUUAUCUCUCCCAGUAGAAAAAAUUCAUCCUUUAUUAAAGGAGGUCCUAGGUUAUAAAAUUGACCACCAGGUUUCUGUUUACAUAGUAGCAGUAUUAGAAUACAUUUCUGCAGAUAUUUUAAAGCUGGUGGGGAAUUAUGUACGAAAUAUACAGCAUUAUGAAAUUACAAAACAAGAUAUAAAAGUAGCAAUGUGUGCUGAUAAGGUGUUGAUGGAUAUGUUUCAUCAAGAUGUGGAAGAUAUAAAUAUAUUAUCUUUAACUGAUGAAGAACCUUCCACCUCAGGGGAGCAGACUUACUAUGAUUUGGUAAAGGCAUUUAUGGCAGAAAUUCGGCAAUACAUAAGGGAACUGAACUUAAUUAUAAAAGUUUUUAGAGAGCCCUUUGUCUCCAAUUCAAAAUUGUUUUCAGCUAAUGAUGUAGAAAAUAUAUUUAGUCGUAUAGUAGAUAUACAUGAACUUAGUGUAAAGUUACUGGGCCAUAUAGAAGAUACUGUAGAAAUGACGGAUGAAGGCAGUCCCCAUCCACUAGUAGGAAGCUGUUUUGAAGACUUAGCAGAGGAACUGGCAUUUGAUCCAUAUGAAUCAUAUGCUCGAGAUAUUUUACGACCUGGUUUUCAUGAUCGUUUCCUUAGUCAGUUAUCAAAGCCUGGAGCGGCACUUUAUUUACAGUCAAUAGGCGAAGGUUUUAAAGAAGCUGUUCAGUAUGUUCUACCCAGACUGCUUCUAGCCCCUGUUUACCACUGUCUACAUUAUUUUGAACUUUUAAAGCAAUUAGAAGAAAAGAGUGAAGAUCAAGAAGACAAGGAAUGUUUGAAACAAGCAAUAACAGCUUUACUUAAUGUUCAGAGUGGGAUGGAAAAAAUAUGUUCUAAAAGUCUUGCAAAACGAAGACUUAGUGAAUCUGCAUGUCGGUUUUAUAGUCAGCAAAUGAAGGGGAAACAACUAGCAAUCAAGAAAAUGAAUGAGAUUCAGAAGAAUAUUGAUGGUUGGGAGGGAAAAGACAUUGGACAGUGUUGCAAUGAGUUUAUAAUGGAAGGAACUCUUACACGUGUAGGAGCCAAACAUGAGAGACACAUAUUUCUCUUUGAUGGCUUAAUGAUUUGCUGUAAAUCAAAUCAUGGGCAGCCAAGACUUCCUGGUGCUAGCAAUGCAGAAUAUCGUCUUAAAGAAAAGUUUUUUAUGAGAAAGGUACAAAUUAAUGACAAAGAUGACACCAAUGAGUACAAGCAUGCUUUUGAAAUAAUUUUAAAAGAUGAAAAUAGUGUUAUAUUUUCUGCCAAGUCAGCUGAAGAGAAAAACAAUUGGAUGGCAGCGUUGAUAUCUUUACAGUACCGGAGUACACUGGAAAGGAUGCUUGAUGUGACAAUGCUACAGGAAGAGAAGGAGGAGCAGAUGAGGCUCCCUAGUGCUGACGUUUAUAGAUUUGCAGAACCUGACUCUGAAGAGAAUAUAAUAUUUGAAGAAAACGUGCAGCCCAAGGCUGGAAUUCCAAUUAUCAAAGCAGGAACUGUUAUUAAACUUAUAGAGAGGCUCACAUACCAUAUGUACGCAGAUCCCAAUUUUGUUCGGACAUUUCUUACAACAUACAGAUCCUUUUGUAAACCUCAAGAACUACUGAGUCUUAUAAUAGAAAGGUUUGAAAUUCCAGAGCCUGAGCCAACAGAAGCUGAUCGCAUAGCUAUAGAGAAUGGAGAUCAACCCCUGAGUGCAGAACUAAAAAGGUUUAGAAAAGAAUAUAUACAGCCUGUACAACUGCGAGUAUUAAAUGUAUGUCGGCACUGGGUAGAGCACCACUUCUAUGACUUUGAAAGAGAUGCACAUCUUUUGCAGCGAAUGGAGGAAUUUAUUGGAACAGUAAGAGGUAAAGCAAUGAAAAAAUGGGUUGAAUCCAUCACUAAAAUAAUCCAAAGGAAAAAAAUUGCAAGAGACAAUGGACCAGGUCAUAAUAUUACAUUUCAGAGUUCACCUCCCACAGUCGAGUGGCAUAUAAGCCGACCUGGGCACAUAGAGACUUUUGACCUGCUCACCUUACACCCAAUAGAAAUUGCUCGGCAACUCACUUUACUUGAAUCAGAUCUCUAUCGAGCUGUACAGCCAUCAGAAUUAGUUGGAAGUGUGUGGACAAAAGAAGACAAAGAAAUUAAUUCUCCUAAUCUUCUGAAAAUGAUCCGGCACACCACUAAUCUCACUCUGUGGUUUGAGAAAUGUAUUGUAGAAACUGAAAACUUAGAAGAAAGAGUAGCUGUGGUGAGUCGAAUAAUUGAGAUUCUGCAAGUCUUUCAAGAGCUGAACAACUUCAAUGGUGUCCUUGAGGUUGUCAGUGCUAUGAACUCAUCACCUGUUUACAGGCUAGACCACACAUUUGAGCAAAUACCAAGUCGCCAAAAGAAAAUUUUAGAAGAAGCUCAUGAAUUAAGUGAAGAUCAUUAUAAGAAAUAUUUGGCAAAACUCAGGUCUAUUAAUCCACCAUGUGUGCCUUUCUUUGGAAUUUAUCUAACUAAUAUCUUGAAAACAGAAGAAGGCAACCCUGAGGUCCUAAAAAGGCAUGGAAAAGAGCUUAUAAACUUCAGCAAAAGGAGGAAAGUAGCAGAAAUAACAGGAGAGAUCCAGCAGUACCAAAAUCAGCCUUAUUGUUUACGAGUAGAAUCAGAUAUCAAAAGGUUCUUUGAAAACUUGAAUCCAAUGGGAAAUAGUAUGGAAAAAGAAUUUACAGAUUAUCUUUUCAACAAAUCCCUAGAAAUAGAACCACGAAACCCUAAGCCUCUCCCAAGAUUUCCAAAAAAAUAUAACUAUCCCCUAAAAUCUCCUGGUGUUCGUCCAUCAAACCCAAGACCAGGUACCAUGAGACAUCCCACACCUCUGCAGCAGGAGCCAAGAAAAAUUAGUUAUAGUAGGAUCCCUGAAAGUGAAACAGAAAGUACAGCAUCUGCACCAAAUUCUCCAAGAACACCGUUAACACCUCCUCCUGCUUCUGGUGCCUCUAGUACCACAGAUGUUUGCAGCGUAUUUGAUUCUGAUCAUUCAAGCCCUUUUCACUCAAGCAGCGAUACCGUCUUUAUCCAAGUUACACUGUCCCAUGGCCCAAGAUCUGCUUCAGUAUCGUCUAUAAGCUUAACCAAGGGCACUGAUGAAGUGCCUGUCCCCCCUCCUGUUCCUCCAAGAAGACGACCAGAGUCAGCCCCUGUGGAAUCUUCGCCAUCUAAGAUUAUGUCUAAGCAUUUGGACAGCCCCCCAGCAAUUCCUCCUAGGCAGCCCACAUCAAAAGCCUAUUCACCACGAUACUCAAUAUCAGACCGGACCUCCAUAUCAGAUGCUCCUGAAAGCCCUCCCUUAUUACCACCACGAGAACCUGUGAGGACACCUGAUGUUUUCUCAAGCUCACCACUACAUCUCCAACCUCCCCCUUUGGGCAAAAAAAGUGAUCACAGCAAUGCCUUCUUUCCAAACAGCCCUUCCCCCUUUACACCACCUCCUCCUCAAACACCUUCUCCUCAUGGCACGAGGAGACAUCUGCCAUCACCACCAUUGACACAAGAAGUGGACCUUCAUUCCAUUGCUGGGCCACCUGUUCCUCCACGGCAAAGCACUUCUCAACAUAUCCCUAAACUCCCUCCAAAAACUUACAAAAGGGAGCACACACACCCAUCCAUGCACAGAGAUGGACCACCGCUGUUGGAGAACGCCCAUUCUUCCUGAGUUCCUCUGUACUGGAUGUACAUUUCCCUGUCCCCAAAUCCAUUGCUGGCAAUGGAUGCACUGAAUGUGCCAGCACUGAGGAGUUAAAAUGAGAACUCCAAACACUAACGACUCUACUUCAAGAUGCAGUAUAAGACAAUUAAUUUUAACCUAGACGAACAUGGAAAGACUGAUCUAGAGGAAUUGGACAACUGUUUGCACCUGAUACCCAAUUUAAGGGACUUUUUCCAGCCAAUGGGUUGGAGCCCUGUUUUUGUGAAGUGAUCUUUAUCAUUAAAGGGAUGGAAAAACACAGUCUCCUGUCCAGCAGGCCCACAUUAUGACAGUUUUUAUAAUUCAAAAUAUUAUGCACUUUUUUAAAAAAAACUUAACAGGGAUCUUCAUAUAACCCUUUGUUUUCUUUUGCUUUUACUUGUCCGACUUUAAAAUAUUUUCUUUAAAAUCAUUCAAAGGACUGUGAGGAAAGGCUGUGGUGCCUGACCUUGUUGGAAUCAAGGCCCAGCAUGUACUACAGUCCUGUUUACAGAUCAUUACAGUGAAUGAAUUGAAUGGGUACCAAGGCUUCACCAAAGAGGUACUUUUUUUUAAAGAAUAAUUAUACCAAUUUUAAGAGUCUAUCCCACCCAUCCUCCCGAUACAAACAAAACGUGGUGGUGUUGCCUUCAAACGAGAAGUUUUGUGUCAUUAACAUGACAGAAGUACUUACUAAAAAAAUGUAACUGUCAAGUAUAUAAUUUACAUUUAGGAGACUGUUAAUCUAUGCUAGGUUGUCAUUUUUCCCCCCUUCUCCCACAAAAGUUUACUGGUAAUCCACGUCAUGGCUCGUAGCUGUCCCUCUAACCGUACUGUGGAAAUGCAGUCACCCAGUGUGAAAAGAAGCACUUAGUACUUGCUGGGCAUCACUGACACCAUUCAUGUUUUACUAAUAGUUGAGUAACUAUCAGCAUAUCUAGAAUUACCUUGCAUUGCCUAAAUCAUGUGUAUAUAGUGAAUGUUAUAUAAUAAACUUGGCAGGUCUGUUUUAAUUUAAUUAAAUAAAGAUACAAAUACCUUGUUGACUGGCAUAUAUUAAAUUAUUAUAUGGAUAAAAUGGUUGAUUCUUAUUUCUUUCAGUUGAAACACACACACAAACACUAAGCAUAAAAGCACGCAUUGUGGUAUGCCUUGGUUUCUAGUUCUGGAUGUAUGUAUUCAUCUUAAAGGAUGAUCUGAAGUUACAGUUUGGCAUAUAGGAUAGUAUUUGGUUAGAAUAGGAUGGGUAUCUUUCAAGCAGAACUUUGUAAGUUUUUUAAUUUCCUAGGCAACAUGUAUACAGUUUGUUAAAGUUUAUAUUAAACAUUCUACCUUGCUUGAGGUCUUUGCUCUAUCAGAACUAUUCUUAAGAGAACAUCUGCCUUCAUCGUUAAAAUCAUAAUAUGGAUUAUUCAUUAAGCCUAUGUACUGAUCUUCUGAGUCUAACAAAUACUGUGACUGAAAUGCAUGCAACUUGCUGAAGAGAAAAAGUUUUUUUAAUCUCCACUAUAAUGUCUGUGAAAUGUGCAGUGUUCCAUCCUUAGAGAGUCAUCAGUUCAUCAGUAUCAGCAUGUAUCUGAAUAAUGAAGCAACAUGUCAGCAAUUCUGUUAACCAUGCCAUUAGAGACAUUUUAGAAGUGCUGCAUUAUGGGAAAACCCAAUGCUUUAAUAAUUUCCUGUGACAUGUAUUAGAGCAUUAAAUGUACAUUACAAUAGUACAGUAUAUAGUCCUUUAAGACCAGAAUGUUGAUUGCAUCAUCAUUAAGCAAUCCAUCCUAGCAUAUGCUUAUUUAUUUGUUAGAGUUGAAUCUUUGUUUAAUAUCUGCACCAUUCCUAUUAUGGUAGGUAGCCUUUUAAUAGUCUCCCAAAAAUUAAUUUCAAAUCCACUGUUGUAUGCACAGUGUCUGUAAGACCAUUCAUUCAAUAAGUAUUUAUCUAAGCCUACUUACUAGUGCUGCUAAGAUUAAUCAUAAUACACAUUCCAGAAUCUCCCAUGAGUUUUUAUUAGACCAGCCUCAUUGUCCCUAGGAUUUCCCUUUUUAUGUCUUAGUGAUCAUUACUCUUUUUAAUCACCCCAUCCCCACUCCAAAUGAGAACCUGAGAAGAGUCACAUUGGAGCCCAUUCAGUAUCUGGCCAGUAUGUUCACCUUCAAUAAGGGUUUUCAACCUGCCUGACCAUAUAAAGAGGGGGAAAAAAUCAAGAUUUGGCGCUCUAAUCGUACUUUGCAAAGGGGGAACCAUUCUAGAACCAGUGGUUUUAGGAGACCACUGCAUUGGCUUUGUGUGCAUUGUGGGGAGAGGGAUACUUCUUUAUUUUGAAAUGUGACAUCUGGGUAAAAAUAUUUUCUGCAGUGGUAACUAAUUAGAAAAAUUCCAAUUGGAUACCCUUAAAUGGUGAGAAAACCAUAUCCUUGCCUUCACUUUUGCAACAUUAACUAGCUGACAAAUUUAUUGUCUGUAGUAACUAAAAUGUACUUAGGGACAAGAAGUGGCUGAGAAGAUAAAUGCAUCACCAAAAAAUUCUGCUUUUGAAUCCAGAACAUUAUAAGACAGUCAAGCAGCAUGACUUUCAAAACCAGGUUUCAAAAUAUGGAACAUAUCUUUUAGAAAUAGAAAUGUUCUUAGAUGUUUCAUUAUCUUUGGAUCACACAAUGAAAAUGUUUCUAGGUUGAAUUUAUUUAAGUGGGCUAAUAACUAAUAUAACAGAAAGGGAGCCUUUUCAUAUAUCUAAGCACUUUUAAAAGCAGGAACAGAUAAGUACAUGUUUCUAAAUUUAUUCAAAGGUUAUUUACUCUUCCCAGUCUUCAAUGUAUUUUAAGAGUACAAAUUAUCAGGAAAUAUACAAACAUUAAAAGUUUGUUUAAUUAAAGGUUAUUGGGUAUCAAAAUAUGUAUUUAGCAAGUUACUGUGCUCCAACAACUCAAGAAUGUUUUGCUUUACUGGAUCUGAAAUUAGCAAAGAGCAUGCCACAUGAAUUAUACUACAAUCAACAACAGUCUAGUGAACAAGUACUAUUUUAGAUGGAGGCUAAAUUACGGUUCUAAAUUCUUAAUGUUUUUUCCCACAAAUCAAAAAUUAAGCAAACCAAAAGUUAGUUGGUAUCUAUGAUCAUGCUCUUGUCUUAAUUCUCAAGUUUAGCUUACUUUAGUCAUGUAUUUCAUUGUUUGUCUUUUAAUGACAGCUUAAAUUCAGUUUUAAAUGGCUCAACAAAAUGAGAAAUGGAGGGAGGGGUGUCCCAACUUAUUAGUGUACAUAAUAUUGAGAAAAACCUUUUUUUCCCUCCAGAUUUAGAAUGAAACAAAUUUAACCAUUUAUUUCUUGGUAUUCUGCUGCUAUGGGUAGAUUAACUUGUUCUUUUAACCUAUAUUGUUUGUUAUACAAGUGCAGGUCCUGUUGUGUUGCAUAUUAAUCUUUACUAGUAAGAUAAACAUCACAAGGCUAGUAUCAGUUUGGCUGAAAGACUUAUGCAGUAAAACUAUAAGGGAAAAUGAUGACUUAGUUUACUUAAUAUUUUUCUUUUGAAACAUCUCAUUACUAGCUUUUAAAGUCAUUUCAUAAUCCUUUAUACAUGAGCCGAUACAAUGUUUUGAGCUCUAGUUAAGAAGCAUGAGGUCUAUAUGAUAAAUCUAAACAACAAAAGCACUUGUAACUUGUUUUGUAAAUUUCAUGCCUUAUUUUCCAUUUUUGACACCGUAAAGUGCAUUUUUUGUCGACUGUGAGUAAAUUUCCCUUUUGCCUUUAAUGAAAAUAGUGCAUUAAGUAGCCGAUUGCUGCAAAAUUAUGAAGCAAGUUAGCUAAAGGUGGAUCAUAUUGGACUACCACUCAAAGAAACAAGAUGCAUAACGGUGGAAGUCACAUGUGUGGCUUUAGGGAGCGCGCACCUGUGCGAGAUGCAUGCCACUUUCAGUAGCUGCCAAAUGUGCCUUUAAUUAAGAACAUCUCUAAUUUUUUUCUUCAGAUCAAGUCAGCAUUUGGGGGCGGGAUCAGGGCAGGGGACUUUGGGGUGCAAAUAUCUGGUGAAAUACCAGAGAAGAAGCCUUUGUUUGUCAAAGUGACAUGUAUAACUUUAGUUGAAACAUGUUUAUGUAUAUAUGCGUGUAUUUGCCUUUGUUUAGUAGCACAGUAUUUGCUAAAAUAAUUGUCGAAAAAUUGCUGUCAGUCUUACUUUAAUGUAAAAACAAAGUGUGGUCUAUACAUCUAAUAUGGCCUUUGUACCUAACUAUGUUCGUAGGUAAUCUUUGUACUCUAUGUGCAGCAGUAUUUGGUUUGCAUUUAAAGUGAAAAUAAUGGCUGUUAUUUUUCUGGCAUUACUAAGAUAAACUGAAAAAUAAUAAAGAAAAAUGCCUUACAUA